UUCGAUGGUGUUUGAUUCAAGGAUUUCAUACUUGCAAUGCACUCAUACUGAGGAUAGAAGAGGAGAGGAGAAGAGAGAUGACGCUGAAGGUGUACGGUCAUCGGCUGUCGCAGCCGUCGCGGGCGAUUAUAAUCUUCUGCAAGGUCAACGGUAUUGACUUCGAGGAGGUGACGAUUGAUUUCACGACGGGCAAGCAUCGUUUGCCCGAUUUCAAAGAGAUAAACCCAAUGGCAGAAGUUCCAGCAAUUGUUCAUGGAGAUUUAAAGCUCUUUGAGAGUCAUGCCAUUUUGUGCUAUCUUGCUAGUGCAUUUCCAGGAGUUCCGGACCGCUGGUAUCCUGCUGAUAUCAUCUCAAGAGCAAAAAUACAGUCCAUUUUGGAUUGGCACCAUUCCAACCUACGCCGUGGUGCAUUGAACUACUGUAUCAACAGUGCACUGGGACCUGUACGCAGUCUUCCAUUAAAUCCACAAGCAGCAAUUGAAGAUGAGAAAAUUUUAAGUGCGUCCCUUUCAAAGUUAGAGUCUGUAUGGCUUAAAGGAGAUGCAAAAUUUUUACUGGGAAACCUCCAGCCAUCUGUUGCAGAUCUCAGUCUUGCCUGUGAGAUUAUGCAACUUGAGGUUGUGGAUGAGAAAGAUCGCAAGAGAAUAUUGGGGCCUCACCCGAAGAUAUUGGAAUGGAUCGACAAUGUAAAGUGUGCUACCAGUCCUCAUUUUGAGGAAGUCCAUGAGCAUCUGCAGGAAGUCAAGGCAAGAAUAGCAUUAUUGAAGUCAGCCUGAAAUCCAACCCGAAACCUUUAAUCCGAUAGAACAGGUGAUCUGAUGCAGCAGUUUAUGUGUAGUAGCUUGCAGUGAUUGUAAUAUAGCACUGAAAUAAUGUGCGCUGUGUGCGUGUUUAUUUUGGAUCUUUGUGGUGUAUUAAGAACAGUUCUUGAAGUUUUCCUAUGUAUCAAACCUUCUAAAUUAAUGAUUAAAACAACUAUUGUAUUUG